GUGUGUGAGGGGGCGGCGGAGGCGGCAGCGGACUGCGCCACUGUCAUGAAGCAUCGACCAAACACCAGACGCAUUUCGGCCUCGCGCCGCGAGACGGGAGCUAUGAAGGAGGAAGAAGCAGUUGGAGCGGACAUUGAUGAUGUUUGCCCCAGCCCACAGUACAACGUGUUGUCCGACAACCUCCGACGGUGCGCGCCCAGCGGCCUGCAGUGUACCAUGUUCUGUGGGGGCCGCAACUGCAAGUAUGAAACUCCGGAAUCCUGGGACUCCGCCCACAUGGCCAUCAGAGGCAUCUACUCCCACUGGGUGACCGACGACAUUCUAGCAAUGGCUAGACCUUGCACUGAAAUAAUAAACAAGAGGAAUGUGAUCAAACAGUUUCAAAGCUUAGGGGUGCGGUCGCUGCUGAACCUCCAGGAGCCGUGGGAACACAACUACUGUGGCUGCCCGCUCGAGCCGAGUGGUUUUACCUAUGAUCCUGCGAUCUUCAUGGACAAUGGAAUCUAUUACUACAACUACGCAUGGCAGGACUAUGGGAGAAGUGAAGGUACAAGGCUACUGGACAUGGUGAAGAUUAUGUGUCACGGGUUGUCGGAGGGAAGGCUAGCUAUCCACUGUCACGCAGGUCUAGGGAGGACUGGUGUUCUCAUAGCUUGUUUUUUAGUCUACAAUAUGAGAUUCCGCGCCAACGAAGCCAUCAGGUUUGUUCGUCUAAAAAGGCCGAAUUCCGUGCAGUCCAGGGGCCAGAUUCUCUGUGUUCAAAACUUUGAACGAUUACUCUUGAAGCAGCCAAAAAUACCAGAGGUUACUCUUCCACAUUAUAUUCUCACACAAAAAAUAAUGCUGCACGGGUUUGAGGCACGCUGUAUACAACAUAUUCCUAAGAUCAUGUACGUAGUCUGUGAGAGAUUGCUGCAGCUGUGUGGCUGUGAUCCUGUAGCCACGAUACCUAUGGACCACCAUGCUCCCACCACAAUGCAUUUCCUUGCAGCCAACAAGAACCCUUCUCAUUAUCACCACAUCAAGAAUUUGCUCAAUAUUUGCUCCAAGAUGAAAGCUACUAACCAACCCGAGAGUAGUAACACUGACACGAAGACUAGAAAAAAGACAACACACUUACCACAUCCAGCUCAUGAAAAUACAAAAUUAGAAGAAGAAAUAGAAAAUCGUCCACAGCUAGAGCCAUUUGAAGAUGAAACUAACAACAAUGUUCAAUCAGAACCAGUAGAAGGACACAUUGGUCAACCGAACCCAAUGGUAGAAGAAAAUAGCAGCUGCCAACCUGGAUUAUUGACAGAAGAAAGUGAAGGUCAUGACAAAAGUCAAUUAAUUGCUGGAGAAACCUGCAAUGACCAACCGGAAUUAUUGGAAGAAAACAUUGAAAACUCCGAAGAAGAAGAAUUGAGGACAGCAGAUAUCGAUGAUCAUGCUCAACUGAAAUCACUGGAAGAAAAUAUUGAUGACAAUAGUCAAUUGAAAAUAUUGACAGAAGAAAUUGAUUGCAAUGAACAGUCAGACAGAUUGGAAGAAGAUGCUGAACAAAACGUGCAGCUAGACACCUGCAAUCUAAACGAAACAGCUCAAUACAGUAAUAACGAAAAUGAUAACGACACUGAUGCUGAAAGGAAAUUUGAACACUUCACCUAUCUAGGAUGUGGGGAUAUUAAUAGAGCUGUUUUCACAACACACGACGUCGUGGAAGCGAUAACCCAGGACCUGGAAGACAUGAGUGAUGCCCAACGGAGAUGCAUCAUGCAAUACCAGCUCAAUCUUACCCAUGGGGAGUCCUGCUGGAGGGGCUUGCAGAGUGAAUCCCGGCUGGUGGUACUGGCUGGGCUACUCACUGACUGGAUGGAGCAACUGAAGAACCCUAUCAUCGACUGUGAGCUACUCUGUCAAAUCAUUAUCCACGCUGAGGACCCGUUGGCAUGUCUUCAAAAAUUUGACUUCGUGACACAAUACACAAUAGAAUAUCUGUUCAGAUUUGUGGCACAUUUGACACCAAUCAACAAUGAAGACUUGACAUGUCUAGUGCAAAGACUUGUAGCGUCAUUAACGCAGCAAAGUGUUCUGAUUCGAGGUAACCUCUUGCCAAAAGAAAAGGACUUUGGCAAACUGCGAAAAGGAACAUAUAGAAAGACUAUGGAGUUUUCCAUGAACCUUUUGGAUCAAAUAAAAAAGAACAUUGCUAAAAACAACCUUCCACCAAGAUUUUGAUCUGCUACAAAUGCUUUGAGAAGAAUUGUUAAAUAUGUUAAUUCAAAUGAAUUAUUUACUAUUAACAUCAAAUAAAUUGUUGACACUUAGAUUAUU